CAUUGUAGGGGGGAGUUGCUCAACACUUCUCCUUUGAGCAGGCCAUCACCAAAAAAAAAGUAAGAAGAUGCAUAGCUUGCUGCCCAGAAUCUCUUCCUUAUUCCAGUGAAUGCUGCUAAACCAACUUGAAGCACGCAGUCCAGGUAUCCCUACACUUUGAAUGUUUAGGCCAUAAUGACUGCUGAAGAUUCCACCGCUAGGAUGAGUAAUGAUUCCUCCAAACUGCAAGCAAAUAAAGUCCAUAUCCCUGAAGAAGUGGCUAAUGCUCCAAAUGGACCUGUACUAAUACAACUAGUAGAGCGCACUGGAUAUAAUCUGAUUCAAGAGAAUGGCCAGCGUAAGUAUGGUGGACCACCACCAGGCUGGGAAGGGCACCAUCCUCCUCGUGGAUGCGAAGUCUUUGUAGGUAAAAUUCCUCGUGAUGUCUAUGAAGAUGAACUGGUCCCCGUGUUUGAGACAGCAGGAAGGAUCUAUGAAAUGCGCCUGAUGAUGGACUUCGAUGGAAAAAACCGUGGCUAUGCCUUUGUAAUGUAUACUCAAAAAUAUGAAGCCAAGCGUGCUGUCAAAGAACUGAACAACUAUGAAAUCCGUCCCGGUAGACUGUUGGGGGUGUGUUGCAGUGUGGAUAACUGUAGGCUCUUCAUUGGAGGAAUCCCCAAGAUGAAAAAGAGAGAAGAAAUUCUUGACGAGAUCUCCAAGGUGACAGAAGGUGUGCUGGAUGUCAUCGUAUAUGCCAGUGCGGCAGAUAAGAUGAAAAACAGAGGUUUUGCCUUUGUGGAGUAUGAAAGCCACAGAGCAGCUGCUAUGGCAAGGAGGAAGCUGAUGCCUGGAAGAAUUCAACUUUGGGGGCAUCAGAUUGCUGUUGACUGGGCUGAGCCAGAAAUAGAUGUCGAUGAAGAUGUCAUGGAAACGGUAAAAAUCCUAUAUGUGAGGAAUUUAAUGAUUGAAACAACAGAAGAGGCAAUUAAAAAAGCGUUUGGACAGUUUAACCCUGGCUGUGUAGAACGGGUUAAAAAAAUACGAGAUUAUGCCUUUGUACACUUCACCAGUCGGGAAGAUGCAGUUUUUGCCAUGAAUAAUCUCAACGGCAUUGAGCUGGAAGGAUCUUGCCUGGAAGUGACCUUAGCCAAGCCAGUAGACAAAGAGCAAUACACUCGUUAUCAGAAAGCGGCGAAAGGAGGAGGAACGACGACUGAAGUAACUCAGCAGCCAAAUUAUGUUUACUCUUGUGAUCCAUACACUCUGGCAUAUUAUGGAUAUCCAUACAAUGCUUUGAUUGGUCCAAAUAGAGAAUAUUUCGUGAAAGCAGGCAGUGUUAGAGGCAGAGGACGAGGUGCAGCAGGCAACAGAGCCCCUGGCCCAAGAGGUUCAUACUUUGGGGGAUAUUCUGCAGGUCGUGGUAUAUAUAGCAGAUAUCACGAAGGGAAAGGGAAACAGCAAGAAAAAGGAUAUGAGCUUGUACCUAAUUUGGAUCUGUCUACUGUCGGCCCAGUUGCCAUUAAACCUGGCACAGUGGCAAUUCCAACUAUUGGUACUCAAUAUUCCAUGUUUCAAGCUGCACCAACAGCAAAGAUGAUAGAAGAUGGGAAGAUCCAUGCAGUGGAGCAUAUCAUCAGCCCUAUUGCUGUCCAGCAGGAUCCUGCUAGUGCUGCUGCAGCAGCUGCAGCAGCAGCAGCUGUAAUACCUGCAGUUUCAACCCCUCCUCCCUUUCAGGGCCGGCCUAUAACUCCUGUGUACACCAUGGCUCCAAAUGUGCAGAGAAUUCCAGCUGCAGGAAUCUACGGUGCAAGUUAUGUUCCAUUUGCUGCUCCGGCUACAGCGACAAUAGCCACACUACAGAAAAAUGCAGCUGCGGCAGCUGCUGCGGCAGCAUAUGGGGGAUAUGCUGGGUACAUCCCUCAGGCAUUUCCAGCUGCAACAAUCCAGGUUCCAAUCCAUGAUGUCUAUCAAACCUACUGAGACUGCUGGCCAUUGGUGAGGGUGGGAUGGGAUGGGGGAACCUUGAAGGAACAUUUUACUAUUUAUGAAGAACGAACCUACAGAAGAAAAUGUCCUGAUGUGAGUAAACUGAUGAUAAAACCUGGAAGUGAAGUUUAUAUCAAAUAUAUCAUCAUGUUUGAAA